CUUCAAGGAUGGACUGUGCACUGCUGCUCCUCUCCCUGUGGGUUUUGACUGGAAUGGUGUCCUUGCAGACUUCAGAAUCGUGUCCGGAGAGACUUCUGGGAGAGGAGAGGAGGAGGAUGUGUCCUCGGCCCUGCAAAGCUGACAGAGACUGCGGCAGCAAGCGCCAGUGUCUGUGUGACGGCCAGUGUGGUCUCAGCUGUGUGGCUCCAGGUCGUACCUGUGCCUGGCCUCUGCCCGCUAGUGAAAACUCAGUAGCUCGCCUGCUCUCUCCCACUCACUCCUUUUCUGCCCUGCUCGAAGUGCGCUGCAAGCCUGGAUUCAAGUUGCCCAGCGGCUUGGAUGCCGCUAUUCGUCGUUGUCAAGGUGACCGACAGUGGAGCGGGGACGAGCCCAUCUGCACAGAGACUCAGUCACCUGAACCUGCUGCUGCCCAAACCUGCCCUCUGCCCGACGAAGUCAUCAACACCUUCAGCGUCCAGGGCGACGCUACUGUAGGAUCUUUCAUCCUCUACAGCUGCUUGUCUGGAUACCUAAGACAGCCCUCAGAGACUCAGUCACCUGAACCUGCUGCUGCCCAAACCUGCCCUCUGCCCGACGAAGUCAUCAACACCUUCAGCGUCCAGGGCGACGCUACUGUAGGAUCUUUCAUCCUCUACAGCUGCUUGUCUGGAGCCGAUAUAGUGGGGAGCAGUGAAAAUUUUUGUCAGGAUAAUCAGACCUGGCAGUAUCCUCACCCCAUCUGUAAAAAAGUGUACUGCCAGCCUCCUCCGGAGGUGGAGCAGGGCUACGUGGUGGCUGUCCGGAAGACUGAAUAUGAGGUUGGCUUUGAAAUCCACUACCUCUGUAAAAAAAACUUCCUCCUGGAUGGACCCCAGAGGGUCACCUGCCUGUCGAAUGGCAGCUGGAGCGCAUCACCCCCAUACUGCAGAGCCCGCUGCCUCAUCACUGCUGAAAGAAGCCGCGUGAUGAUUGGCGGCGUGAAGCGCUGGCCGUUUGACCUUACGGAUGCCAUGGUUCCUCACGGGGAACACGUGGCGUUCUACUGCAAACAUCCUCGCAAGCAGUGCAGCUUCACGGCGACCCAGACCUGCUUCGAUGGAAAUCUGGAGCCGCCAGCCUGCUACCUGGAGCCCACGUGGUUGCAGUAUAAGCUCUUCCCCCAUCGGCUGGUCUCAGAGAUUGAGGCGUGUGAGCCCGGCGAUGUGGAGUGACGGCCUGCGCGUCUGACCUCGGCCCACCCAACGCCCCCGACACCGUGUCACAAUAUGAAAACUUCCCGCUACACGCCCGGCACCCGUCCCCCAGGGAGGCCCUUCCCCACUCUGCAGCUUUGCAUAACUUUAACCACCAUGGUCUGUUAUACACUGAAAUGUUUUUUUUUCUCCUUUGGAUCAGCGGGCUAAGUUGUCUAUACCGCGCUUGUGGCAUCGUGGCCUUUGUCUCUCUCUCUCUCUCUCCUGCACACUAUCAAACUGCAGGCGUAAUUAUAACCGCAGGUAUUAGUUUGAUCUUCCCCCA